CUUUAGUUUCAGCACACCAUUACACUGCAACUCUCUAACACCACAGAGUCUAUAUAUCAAUCCAUUCAGUCAUGAUACUGGAUGAUGGCGACUCCGACCUGUUUCGCAUGUGGGUGGUGAGGAAGCUCGAAGCCAUCUCAGACGCCGACAGCGAAGUCCUUGCCGAUUAUGUUCUGGCGCUCGUGAAGACGGAUGACCUGCCAGCGGUGGCGAAAGUGAAUUGCACACAAAACCUCCGUGACUUCUUAGGAAUUAAUGCCGAAGGCUUCGUGGAAGAUGCUUUCCAAGCUAUUGCUACCAAAUCGUAUGAUCCAAGCAGGCCACCACCUCCAGUUAGCGCAACCGCGCCGGUCUACAAGCCGCUCCGGCGCGCGAGCUAUGAUGCCCCAAGCCUACCUAAUGAGGCUCGAAAGCGUUCUCACCGUGACCGGGAUGCUGACGAUCUCGAGGAGCUCCGUUUCACAGCCUAUCAAGACCAAGGCCGACCGGGGAAGCAGCUAAGACGUGGUGGUACCAGAACAGAGGGUAGAGGCUAUCGGCCCUACGAAGCACCUCGCAAUGGGCCUGAAGGCGCUCCUGCAUGGCGAGCACUUCCACAGAUGUACGGACUUCCUCCUUUGCCGUCACCGCCACCGGGUAUGCCCGCACUCGAUGCCAACAAUCUAGCUCUGCUGUUCGUUAUGCAACAGGCUAUGGGUAUGCUUCCAGCUAACGCUGGUACCGACCUAUCACUUGUUACAAACGGGGGUGGUCAAGAUAGACCUAGCCGGCGCUGCAGGGACUACGAUCAGAAGGGCUUCUGUACCCAAGGUGCUGCUUGCCCGUACGAGCACGGGGAGAGUGCUUACAUUGUUCAGCAGCAGGCCGACGAGUAUGAUCCUACUAAUGCGUUAACGGGUGACAUGCUACCCAAACGCAUUGGCAAUUCUGCGCUCAUGCCCACCGCCCGCGGUAGAGGGGCCCACCGCCCCCGCGGGCGUGGAUACGGUGCUCCUUUCGAGAGUGGCAACGGUCGUGCUGACUUCUCCAUGACUGGCGCAAACCCUGGCAAAUCACUUACUUCGAUUGUAGUUGAGCAAAUACCGGAAGACAACUGCAACGAAAGCAGUGUCCACGAGUUCUUCAGCGCAUUCGGCACCAUCGCAGGGAUAACAAUGCAGCCGUUCAAACGGCGCGCGAUCGUAAAAUACGAGGAUUACGAUGCGGCAAAGGCUGCAUAUAGUAGUCCGAAGAGUGUAUUCGAUAACCGCUUCGUCAAAGUCUACUGGUGCAAGCCAGAUAAGCUUCCUCAGCUGCCACAAGAAGGCGAACCCAAUGUCCAGUUUGAUGGUGCAGUCGCAAAACAUGAGGACACAAACUUCGAUCAUGCAGCCUUCCUUCGGCAGCAGGAAGAAGCCCAGCGCAGAUAUGACGAGGCUAAGCAGAAACGCGAUGAUGUCCAGCGACACAGGGCUGAGCUAGAUGAGAAGCUCAGAGCGAUUAACCAGGAGCGCCAGAAGUUCGUUGCGAUGCUAGCGAAGAAGACUGGCACGCUUACAGGCACUAGUGAUGAGAGCAGAGAAGGUGAGGAGAACCGUUUGCUAAAGGCGAAGCUCGCCGAGGUUCUAGCUGAAGCGGAGGCUCUUGGCAUUGAUCCGGAGGGUGAUGGCCCUUCGUCGAACGACUACGCUAUCGCCACUUCUUACCGUGGUCGAAGUGGCUACAGAGGCUACUAUAGCACGCGGGGGCGUGGUGGGCACUACCAGUCCGCUCACCGCGGCGCUUACGGCAGUAAUGGCUACCGUGGCGGUUACGGAGGUACUGCGCGAGUCACGCGGUCACUGGACAACCGACCGAAGACAAUAUCCGUGGCUUUCACAGACGGCUCGCGGUACGCCGAGCGUGAAGAAGCGCUUAGGCAGUACCUUAUGUUCAAUGGGCUGGAAAGUGCCACGCUGACUGCUCAUCCGGGAAGAGAAGACGCAGCGCUCAUUGCGUUCCAACAGCGCUUCGAGGCCGAGAACUUUAUGUCUGCAGCUCUGUUUGAGGGACCGUCGGCUGCAUCAGGCUUGCCGAAUGUUCUUGGUAAGGUCGAGCUUGCCUGGUGGAAGCCCGAAAGCGCGUCAGGCUUUGAUGCCAUCACAAGCAAAGUCCAGGCUGCAGUGGCAAACGAGAACCAGGAUCCGGUCUCUGCUGCUACACUGCGAGCGGUCGAGUCUCACCUGGUGAAGGAGGACCGGGAUAUGGAUACGUAUGAUGAAGGGGAUGAUAUUUAAAAGCACCGUUCCCACCAUACGAACGAGGGUCAAGUGUUCUAAAGAAGCCAUCGACGCCUGACUGCGCGCAGCGUGGUGCAGGGGCGACACGUUCGCCCAGAGCUUGCUUCUGACGAGGGGCGAUGACUGGUCUUUGACGUGAUGCGCUACGCUGUGGCUCGUGUCUGACCAUCGUCCGUUUGUUUGCUAACAUGCAGGUUGCACAAGUGGCCGUUACUGCAGCUUCCCGCUGCGAGUAGGUCGGGUAUGUUCCAGCCGAACCCAUAUGGCUGACCAGCUGAUGCGGUGAAGGCAACCUUUGUAGUUUGACGUGUGCAACGAUUUUUGGGCUGCGGGUGGCCCAGCGUUCCCACAGUAGGCAGCUGACCGUGCAAUUUCGUGGCUCAUUAUCACUUUGACCUCUCUUGUCCCUUCUCUAUCUCCCCUCACUCUUAUCUUUCUGGGUCCUAUUUUCGCGCAUCUCAUAUUUGGCAA